CACCAUUUCAGAAAUCCAAAAGGCGACCUUCGCUCUUUUCGACCGACUUUGCCUCCUUUCCUUCUUCAGCCCACAGCCACGUUGUUGUUCCCUUGUUUGGAAACACCUCCCUCUGUUGCUGUUGCUGUUGCCUGCUUCCCCUGGUGUUGCUACAGUAUCUGUUUCAAGAGAGAAUAUCAAGAAGCCAACCGCAUCUCGAGCACUUUCAUUCAAUCAACUUAUUCUACAAUCCUACAAGAUGGGAGAAGACGGCGACGGAGAGAAAAAGGAGCGAAGGAAGAGUACAAGGGAAGGCAAGAAGGAUAGCAAAAAGGAGUCCAAGAAAGAGAGCAAGAAAGAAAGCAAAAAGGACUCCAAGAAGGAGAGUAAGAAAGAGAGUAAAAAGGAGAGCAAGAAAGACAGCAAGAAGGAAUCCAAGAAAGAUAGCAAGAAGGAAUCCAAAAAGGAAUCCAAGAAGGAGAGCAAGAAGGAGAGUAAGAAGGAACCCAAGAAGGAGAGCAAGAAGGAGAGUAAGAAAGAGAGCAAACGAAAGGACUUGAAAAAGCGAAAGAGUACCAGCAAAAUAGUCAUUCCGGGACAAGAAUCCACAGUCUCCUUUAUCGAUCCCUCCGAACUAGUGGACUUGCCCGAUACGAAAGAAUUGGAGGAGCCUGCCGUGGAGGAUUUCACACCCGUGCCCAUCGCUUCGGCUGGCAAUUCCAGCGCCGUUUUCGUGGAUAGCAGUGACGAUGAAAAACCAAAAGCCAGUACUAGCGCCGAAGAUGAUGAAAUCAAGGCUCUACUGGAGGGCCUGACGGAAGACGCCAAUACGGACGACAAUAGUUCCUCCAGUUCCAGUAGCUCAUCCUCGAGUAAUUGGUCGAAACGAGAGAUUGAACUCCCUCAGAACUAUCUUGAUCACGUGGUUCUGGCCGCACCCGAGCUGUUUACGGCAAUCGAAGAAUUUGAAGAAAAGACGGGCAUUGAACCCAUCGUCUCGGGACAUAUAAGAGGAUUGGGUAUCAAGACGGCUCGAGUGACAUUCGAAGGACCCUCCUUUCUCGAAAUCAUUGCCCCGGAUCCUGACAGUAAUGGGCCCAUCGGGACACUCCUUCGAUCCACAGGUCUCACCGGUUUAACCCCGUUUCAUUGGGCAAUUCGAACGUCGGACGCUGAAGCCAUGGUGCCCUCAUUGAGGAACAUUGGCUACACACCAGAUGUCAUUGGCAUGUCGGGAGCGAAUCAGGAUGGCACUCGACGCAAAUGGGAAAUGCUCUUUUUGUACGGCCAUAGGCUGGGUGGUAUCGCGCCGUUCUUUAUCAAUUGGGGAAAUUCAGAACAUCCUUGCGAAACAAUGCCAAUUGUGGGAGACUUGGUUGGGUUGACGAUAAGGGCUCCUCCGGAUGAUUAUAUUCACAAAAUGAUGGCACUUACUGGCUCUCAAGGAUUCAACUUGGAGAUUGGAAGUCCUCACUUUGAGAUCAAGUUUCAGUGCCCAAGUGGUGAGGUUUCAUUUGAAGCCGACAGAAUGGUAGGAUUUCGGUUCCCUGGUUUUGAAGACGAGUGCGGCCCUAUCGUUGGCCAUGCUGAAGAAGAAUUACCAGAGCUCGUUAUGCCCGCAAUGCCUGACAUGUUGGACUUGAAUGCAGAAUACGAUGGUGACGACUGAGAAUGCAACAAUUUGGCACCAGUGCUUAUCCGAACAGUGCAACAAAGAUUCACUUUUGUGGAUACUACUACAAUCUACGAGCCAGUGCGAUACGACCAGAAUGAAGAUUGGAGAGAGGGAUAGUCUUUCGGGACGACGCUGUUCUUGAUGUGCCUAACCGUAAGGCUUCGGUGUUUGUUUGGUUUUGGUUUUUUGUAGUACCAAUCUGUCCAUGAAUAGGCAAUUUGUACAAUAUACCACGCCAAUCUUUUGUCGCCGAGCUACUGUAUAUGCCAUUCAUCGAAUCCUUUCCAAAAGUCGAAACGAAGAAGGAACCGUGCUUUCGUUUAGAGUAGAGGAAUCAUGUAAAAAGAUGAUCAUAGCAGCACUGUUGCGUCAAACCAUAAUCUAUAAUGAGAGAGCAUUCCAUUAGGCC